AUGUCGGAACUUGAAAAAUUAUAUUACGAUCCCGCGCAUUACGCCGGCUUCUCAGCAGUGGAAAAUCUGACACGUGCCGCUAAGCCGAAUUUCACACGUAACAAUGUCGCUCGCUGGCUGGAAUCGCAAGAUGCGUACUCGCUGCACCGUCCACUGCGCCGAAAGUUUCCUCGACUGCAUUACAACGUAACGAAUAUCGACGAUGUGUGGGAGGGCGAUUUGAUUGAGGUGCGAAAUCUUAAAAGUUAUAAUGACGGAUAUUCUUAUAUUCUCGUGAUUAUCGAUGUACUCAGUAAAUUUGUUUGGGUGGAACCAUUACGUGACAAAACGAGCGUAUGCGUGACAAAAGCUUUUCAGCGUGUACUCGCGAGAAGCAAAGGACGAAUACCUAUAUACUUGCAAACUGACAAGGGUAAAGAAUUUGUCGGGCGUGCGACGCAAAAAUUUUUGGAAGAAAACGAUAUUCGUUUUAGAGUAACGCGCAAUCCCGACAUCAAAGCAGCCGUCGUCGAACGCUUUAACAGAACGUUAAAGGAACGAAUGUGGCGUAGAGCGAAAGGCACCUUCGAGAAAGGAUACGAGGCGAAUUGGACCGAGGAGAUAUUUCGAAUUCAUCGUGUUCUUGAAUGGCAAAAACCUCGUGUGUACGAAUUAAGCGAUUUAACGGGGGAGGUCAUAGACGGGAUCUUUUACGAACAAGAAUUAGCUCGAAUCGAGAAAAACCUACAGGAGGAAGAAUUUAUUGUGGAUCGCGUGAUAAGGAGUAAAGGACGUGGUGCUAAUAAGCAACUGCUAGUUAGCUGGCGCGGAUAUCCUAGCAAAUUCGACUCUUGGAUCCCAGCUUCGAGUUUAUCGAAUCUCCGAGAUGACGGCAACGGACCAAUUUCACAUGAUUCUUCCAAGCAAUAG